ACUGAUAUCUUGGAAUUUAAUCAAAAACAUUAGACAAGUCAACAAAUACUUUAGCUGGGAAAGCUUCCGGCUUCCGAACUCGUAACAGAAGACAGCGACGACACCCCCGACGUCAAACCAACUCCUUCUUCCCUCCCUCCGUGUUCUUCCACAUAACAGAUCUGAAUUCCCAAACCUGAUCUCUCACCAGAAAAGAACCCUCAAAUCUGUCAUCUAAUUCCUUCUUCUUCUUCAGCUCUUUGGCUCCACGCAGACUCUGGUGGAGAGGUGAGGAAUUUCUGAGUUGCCAGAUCACGGAUAGUUUGGAUUAAUAUUUAGGGCUGCUGGUGAGGUUUUAUUUCAGUGAGAUUCGAGCUGCGAGGGGUUGAUUGGGGAUUGGGAAUGUUGAUCGAACCGAUGGAUAUAUGGCUCUGAGAUGGUAGAAACUGAGCUUCCUUUACAGAAGCUUGAGGUUGGUCAGAGUGAGGGCGGCUAUAGUGAGCAUCCCGUGUCGGUUUUUCGUAGGGAUCCUUCCUUCUCCGGCUGGUUCGAUGAGGAUGGAGCGUUCCAUUCACCUCAACUGGGGGAUGUGAAUAUUUGUGGUGGUGCUGAGGAUUCGGAUUUUGAAUUGCCUCACCUUCAUCAUAGUGAAAGUGAGAUAGGAGAUGGAUCUUUAGAGGCAGAGAGACAGCAGUUAAGAGGUACAUUUUGGGAAAGAAUGAGAGGUGGCUUUGACUUGGGUGAAGUGUCUGCAAGACAUGGAAAAGAGAGUUAUGUGCCAUUCGAUGUAGAGAAUGGUUCUAAAGAUGGUCGGAGUUCUGAUUCAUCAGUGGGCGAGAGAUUUGUAAACUAUCAUGACACAUCAAGGCCGUUUUCCAGAAGCCCUAUUUCGGUUACUGAUGUGCUGAAGACACUGUUCUUUAUACUUGUUUGGUACAUUUUCAGUACAAUUUUGACGAUGUAUAAUAAAACACUUCUAGGGGAUCAUUUAGGGAAGUUCCCUGCUCCCCUACUUAUGAAUACUGUCCAUUUUACAAUGCAAGCUAUUUUGGCUAAUACAAUAACUUGGAUUUGGUCUGAAAGAUUUAAGCCAACUAUACCAAUGUCAUGGAAAGACUAUUUCUUGAGAGUUGUACCAACAGCUCUUGGCACUGCAUUAGAUGUUAACUUGAGCAAUGAAUCUCUUGUUUUCAUCACGGUUACAUUUGCCACCAUGUGUAAAUCAGCAGCACCAAUAUUCCUGCUAUUUUUUGCCUUUGCUUUCAGGUUGGAGUCUCCAAGUUUUAAACUGUUCGGAAUCAUCUUAAUUAUCUCAGUUGGAAUAUUGUUGACAGUUGCAAAGGAAACGGAGUUUCAGUUUUGGGGUUUCAUCUUAGUUAUGCUUGCUGCUUUUAUGUCUGGGUUUCGAUGGACGAUGACACAGAUACUUCUGCAGAAAGAAACCUAUGGUCUGAAAAAUCCGCUUACCCUAAUGAGCUACGUUACUCCAGUGAUGGCUCUUUCAACUGCGCUGCUCUCGCUUUUUUUGGAUCCAUGGAAUGAAUUCAGUAAGAGCCAUCACUUCAAUAGCUCAUGGCAUAUCACCAGAAGUUGUUUACUGAUGCUUUUUGGUGGAACUCUGGCAUUCUUUAUGGUGUUGACAGAAUUUAUUCUUGUAUCUGUUACAAGUGCAGUUACGGUGACAAUAGCGGGAGUUGUCAAGGAGGCUGUUACUAUUUUGGUUGCUGUAUUUUACUUUCAUGACGAAUUUACCUGGUUGAAAGGGCUUGGUCUUGGCACAAUUAUGGUUGGUGUCAGCUUGUUUAACUGGUACAAGUACAAGAAAUUACAAAAGGGUCAGUCGAGUGAAGAUGAAAUAGGACGCUCGGUUACUAAAGAUGCCACCACAAAGUAUGUCAUUCUUGAAGAAAUGGAAGAUCAAGAAGAUGAUGGGCCUUGAAUUCUCUGUACCACUUUUACUUUGAUUGGUCAACUCGAUAGAUAGAUGGUGCAUGCAUUCCGGGACAUCCUUCCUACCUGGGAUGGAAGCUAAAUUCUCGUCUGCAGCAUAGUUCUCAUGAUCUCCUUUGAAAGUUGAGGAUACUUUUAUGUGUAUGAAGUGAAUAGAAUAGCCCAUUUUUGUGUGACAUAUCAUCACAUAUACUACAUAAUAUUCAAUUGGCUGUAUAUCUGCAUUCUGAAUCAAAUCACCCUCACAAUUUUACCUCUUUUCUGAUUCAUAUACAAACUCUUGCUAAAA